AGUCGCGAAAAAGAAAAAUAAUGUAAAAAAACAAACAAUUGGACUGUGGAGUGAAAUAAAAUUGGCAAUGAAGAUUUUUACAAGUUUAUAUAUAUGUAUAUCAUUUAUAACACUAACUAACAAUAACGUCGUCUUCUCAAUGCUUAAUGUCGACAAAUCUGUUGAAAUACUCAGUAAUAAACUAAGAGAUUUUGUAAAAGAAUCGACGUCCUACGAAAAGUUUCAGGAAAAAGUAACAACUUUACACAAUGAUGGUAUCUUACAAGUUAAAACUUUAAAUGUGGUGGAAGUGAACCGAGAGUUUAAUAAUAACUUACGAAACUUGUUGGUAUCUCGUAUCGACUCAGUUAAAGCUAUUAAGAAGAAAGUGGAAUCACUGUAUAAUAAUUACACAUACAACGAAAACAUUGAUCCAUUUGAUUAUCGAAAUGAUAAGUCGCUUCCAAAAAAUUCUGUGCGAUAUGAACCGACGUUCUCCAUCAGUACAAAAGUGAAUUUAAACCAGAGCCAUGUCCGUCUACCUGCCAAUGUUUAUGUAUACGAUAAAGAGAUAUUAAACGAAGCAAUGUGGAGUGAAGGGCUGGAUCACACAUUUAAAACAAACUUUAAAGAAAUUCCAUCAUUAUUAUGGCAGUAUGUUGGCACUGAUUCUGGUUUGAUGCGAACAUUUCCUGGAUAUGAUCAAAACAACGUAUCUUUGGAUAAAUACGAUUGCAGACGGCGACUAUGGUACAGCCAAGCAAUAAAUUCUCCAAAGGAUGUUUUGAUUGCGCUUGAUCAAAGUGGUUCCAUGACUGGAAGUAAUUUUAAUAUCGGGCAAUUAACGGUAAAAUCUCUAAUAGACACUUUACAGCAAGAAGAUUUCUUCAAUGUAAUUACAUUUGGAGAUGAAACCAAUUUUAUAAUUCCCUGCUUAACAAAUUUAACACAGGCCACAACAAGAAAUAAAGAUGCAAUAAAAACUGCAGUAGAUAAUUUGCCGUCACCAAAAGGCAUAUCGAACGUAAAAAUAAUGUUAGAACGUGCGUUGAACAUUCUUCAACAGGACAAAAGUAACUACCAAACAUCAUCAGGAUGCACGCGCGUGUUGCUGUUAGUUUCUGAUGGAAUUGAAGGGGAAAGCGAAGUUCACAAGCUGUUAGACGCGCUCAACCAGAAAGCCGAAAUAGCAGUAUUUUCGUUCCAAAUUGGAAAAAAUCAACCAACCAAUCAAAUGAGAGAAAUGGCUUGCGAUCAUGGCGGAGAAUACUAUGAAUUUCCAACUAUAGGUAAUGUCUGGAAUCGAGUCUUAAAAUAUCAAUAUGUCUUGAGUUAUCCUGUGGCUAAAUCCAAACAGGAAAUUGUUGUGUUUACUCCCUUGUAUUUGGAUGGUUCUGGCCUUGGUAUGAUGACAACAAUUGCUGUUGGCGCAUUCAGCGACAAAGGCAACACAUCAGAUAAUUCUUUAAUAGGCGUGGCUGGAAUAGACAUUACAACGACUAUUUUGCAGCAACAGGCUCCUGCUAACAAAUUGGGAAUAUUUGGUCACGCUUUUGCAAUUAACAACAAUGGUUUAUUUUUGAUACAUCCAAGGUUUCGUGAUCAAACAGGUCACCUUGCAGAUCCAGCGACUGUUUACUUGAAUGAGAUUGAACAUACAACAGAUCCAUCAAAAAGCAUGAAAAUAAUGAAAGAAAUGAUAGAUGAUAAAACAGGAUGUAUGGAUGCUGAACUUGAUUGGUUGUACAUGAAUGAUAUCAAACGCAGUGUUAGAUUGAACGCUACCUACUGCUAUCGUCCUGCAAAUGGCACGCCUUUUAGUACAGGAGUCAGCAUCCCUUCACAUAAUCAGAAGUAUUUGGAACCUUUAAUGAGCAAUAAGGAAGCGUAUCUUCAAAAUAGGUAUUUAAUUAACGGAACAAAACCCGGUGAAUCGCUUGAAAUAGCUAACUGGUUAUUUUGCGAUAUUCCAGCAAAUGCGCAGAAAUUCAAUCCUGCAUCUGUGAAACAGUAUCCAACCGCAGAAGAAUUAAGAUAUUUUCUACUAAACUCGCAUUUCAAAAUCUCAGAAAAAUGCGUCUCUGAUUCAGUAUGGAAUCUUAUUUUUACGAUGAAAAUGGUGACAGAUCUAACAAACGAUCAUUGGACACCAGAUUUGUUGAAAGACGAUAGAAUAAUUUCAUUAUAUAUCGUUACUGUUUCGGGACUUUUGAUGACUUACUCAAACGAGAGAAAUAUUUUAAAAUCACAGCUAAGUCGCACAAUAUUUGAUGAUCUAACAUUUGCACAUCCGGGAUCAUUUUACAUGCGCGGUUUAGAUGACGUCAUCGUGUUUACUGUGCCUAUUAAAACUGGCGGACUUCCAAGGAAAACAAAUAAAAAGAUAGAACAUACGAAUUCGGAAAUUUCUGUUGGAGUACCAAUAACAGUGUCUUCUGAUCGUGUGCUUGUUGGAAUUAUCGGAAUGGUUUUUCGAUCACAGUACUUACAAAAUAUAUUGCUGAAUGUUUCCAAAGAGUUUACUUGCGAUUAUCCAUCUUGUGUAGCUUAUUCCUGUAAUGAUUUGGAUAAUUUAGAAUGUUAUUUACUUGACGAGCAUGGCUAUGUGGUAGCUAGUAAUAAAGGAGAAAUAGAGGUUGGAUAUUUUUUCGGAUAUGUGAAUGGAGCGUUAAUGAGAGCGUUUGAAGAAUUGUCAAUCUAUGAACAAAAAGAGUUCGCUGAUAAACAAGCUCAAUGCAAACAAGAACUUAAGGAAGACUCCUCAACUUCCGAACAAGGAGGUUCCGAAGGAGCAAAACUAUCUUUGAUUUUUGAUAACAUUCUGACCAUACUUAAAUUUAUUGCUGCUUACUUGUCGUCUGUCUGCACAAUAUUUCUAACGUCACAGAUUGAUUUGUCGGUAGAACAGACGACAACAAUCGACACCAACGUUAGUUGCACCAAAAACUUAUCAAUUCAUACGAUUUCGAGCCACUACAUUAAUUAUACAGGGAACUUUAGCUGCACUAAACAUUGCCAAGAGGAUUUUGUUAUUAAAGCUAUUCCAAGAACAAAUUUGGUCCUCGUUAUUUCACGCAAUAAAUGUAAUGGAGCCUGUUCAAAGUUUGUUCAUAGUAACGAACCUUAUAAAAUCGAAGAUCUUGGGAUAUGCGACGAUUCUCUCCCUUACAGAAAGGCGUUACCAACAUGUUACCAGCUCAAUAUUGGUAGCUAUAAAUGCAAAUCUGAUGGAAGGAUGCUCUUUACUGGAAUAAGUGUAUAUAUGGUAGCUGUCUUUGGUGGAUUUAUUCUAGCUUCCACUUAAAGUAGCAGAUGUUAAAAACAUUUUUCCAGCAAAGAAAGAUAAAAGUCAUUUUAAUUUUAUAGAUAUAAGCGAACAAAUAAGAAAAAAAGCUGUAUGCAGAUUCAAGGUCAGACAUUUUUGAAUUUUUUGUUGUUGCGCGGUUUUGAUAAUACUUUCACCAAAGGAAACCUUCCCAUAUAAGCUAUGAAUUAAAAACUGAUGCCAAGUAAUUAUUACUAUUAUCAUUAUGGUCAUUUUUACUACUAUAACUUCUCACUGACGUUUGUUAUUUUUAUUGGUGAAGUAUGUAAACUGAUUUUCCUACACCACAUCCACCCACCGCAUUCACCACACCCACCCACCACAUUCACCACACACACCCACCACAUUCACCACACCCACCCACCACAUUCACGACACUCACCCACCACA